UAUCAUUUUGUAAGCUUUACUGCUCAAGAGCCAGACGAAAUGGGUUUUGUUUCCUCUACUGAACCAAAAAUAGGAAAGAUUUCGAUGAGAGUUUCCACUGUCCAUUACCCUGAACCUAAAGAACUUGAAAAGCUCAAUUCAACCAAUAAAAGACACGUCCAUCGAAAUUCUUCUGGACUCACAGUGACAACUUCAUCUCGGUAUUUCCCUAUGCAAAGUGGUGGACAUGCAGCUUCAUCAAAAGGUAGCAGACAGAAAAGCUCUUUAUCUGAAGUUGGUGAGCCAUCAAGUAUUUCAAAAAGAAGCCACGUGUCUAUAACUAAGUCCAAAUCUAUUGUUUCUGCGUUUGAGGCUGUUCUGCUCCUUCUCACUGCUUGCUUUUUCUACCUCUUUUGUGGCUGCCGCUUUUGAUUUUCAUGUAACUACUCUCUUCUCUUGUUGUGUAAAUCAACUUGUUACAUUCCCGAUGCAAACGCACCUUUCUACCUUUCGUAUUUUAAUUCAUGUCUAAAA